AUGACUUGUUCAUAUUGUAAACUUGGAUAUAGUAUUUAUGAAGGUACUUGUAUUUCAUGUUCUGACACUAAUGCUGGAUGUGUUUCUCCAAUAAAGGAAGGAAAAUGUCAAUACAACAAUUUCCUUUAUCAAAAUUAUUGUUAUGAGUGUUCUAAGUAUAAUCCUAAUUGUCUAGUAUGUUCUAAUUCAUCACCAAAUUGUCUUGUAUGUAAAAAUGGAUAUGGGUUAAAAGAAGAUAAAACAUGUGUAAAAUGUGAGACUGGAUGUUCUUUAUGUUAUAAAGCUGAUUAUUGUGAAAAAUGUCAAGAAGGAUAUGUGUUGAGAAAAGGAAAAUGUUAUAAAUUUGAGAGUGAUAAUUGUGAUGCUAAUUGUUAUAACUCAAGUAUUGGAUGUACUGCAUGUUCAACAACUAAAAUUGAAGAAGAAUCAAAUGGAAUUUGUUUACAAUGUUCAAUUAGAAAUUGUAAAGUUUGUGAUUAUAAUUUAAAGUCUUGUAUUGUUUGUGAGGAUGGAUAUGUUUAUGAUUCAUACACCAAACAAUGUAUUGUUAAACCAGGUGAUUUGUGUGAAGUUUAUAAAUCUUCGUCAUGCAUUAAAUGUAGAGAUGGUUAUGCAGUUGAUUAUAUUAAUAACAAGUGUAUUAAAUGUGGUAACAAUUGUAAAACAUGUAGUUAUACUAAUGGUCAUUUC